CCUAAAAAUCACUUAAAAAAUGGACUUAACCACAGGUGAGCUAGGACCUGAUUCUGUAGAAGAGUUUGUAGCCCAGAUGGGUAAUGUCGUUAAGGUCUUUAAGGCUCUUGAUGAAGAGACUGAGAUGUUUAUUGAGGGGGUCUGAAAGAUGGUAGAGAAUGAGGAGAUGAUCAGUGGAGGGGAUAGGAGGAUGGAGUCGUAUGAUGAAGCGUUAGGGAGGGUUAGAGAAUUGGUGAGAAAGAGUUUGGAGAAGUAAAAAUGAGUAUUUGAAUAAUUUACCUGUGGCUGAGUAUUUUAAAGAAGAUGCUCCAGAUCAAUCAUUGGAGAGUUCUAAUCUUUUGAUUCAGCCGUCUCAGUAUACUCAAAAGCAACUUGCUGGUGUCUCACAGAAAGAAGUCCAACCUGCAAGAUUGAGCACAGAUUCAGAAACAAGUGAAUUAUCCCAGCUGAAGAUUUCUAAAGUAAAAGAUACCAUUGUUAGAAACUCAAACAAAGAUACCGUUGUGGUUGAGAUUGACAGUUCAAGUUCCUCUCACUCAGUUUGCUCACAAUCUGAUAUCAGACAACUACCGAAUAGAAUUCCUCAGAUCGAACAGACUUCCAAACAAGAGGACACCAUCAAAACAGAAGAAGUAAACUCACCCAAAGUUAAGAAACUAUUCCAAGUCAGUUUCUCGAUUCACGAAUCUUCUUCAGAAGGAUGUCAUCGUUCAAACAAAAUUGAAUCGAGUUCAGAGUAUGACUCUGAAGAUUACCAUCAAGAUGCCCAACAUGAACACAACAAUCAAAAUCCAGAAGAGAACAAGAGCUCUUUGGCUGAUCCUUCCUCAAGUGUGUACUCUGCAAGUGAGUCAGAGUAUAAGUCUCCAGAAGUCGCCAAAGAUUUCAUUAAAGAUUUCUACAAAAUUGUGCCCUGUCUUGAUGACUCAAAGUCCACUCUCCAGUGAAAGCUGUGUCACACAGAGCCUGUCUGUGCUGACCAAACAGUGUUUGAAACUCAGGAUGAAGACGCAAUGAAAGGCCACAUUGCUAUUCACUCCAAAGAUACAGCAGUCAAGUUCAGAGGCAGCAAAGCACUUCCACUAGAAUAUGCUAACUGAGCUAUGUUUAAAACCCAAGAAGGCUUGUGUCCGAUGUGCUUCAAGUUCUUCAAGUCUCCGUACAGCUUGUCGAUGCAUAUCAGACAGCACUGGUCAGCAGAGUUUAGUGACAGACCUUUCAAAUGCCUCAUCGCUCACUGUACAUAUGCAACAUACAGGUUUGACCAACUCAAGCGUCACUACAUGCACCACCUGAUCCAACUCCCAGCUUACAUGCAGAAUCAAUAUCCAGAGCAAAUACCAAUACUGUUCAACAUUGCUCAGAUAACCAGAGACUACAUUGCUAAGCUCGACCACUUCAAGAAAACUGGCAAGUCUCCUGAAAACUUGAACUUCAAGACGGUGAUGGGAGUUAGCUUCGACUCAUAUGCAAGCGCAAAGAUUCAGAGUCUGGACUUAAGAUAUUUGAACAAGCGAAACAUUUAA